AUGGGCGCCCUAACACCCAAGGGUGUAACGGGUUUUUUGGCAAGUACGGGUAUCGCGCUACUCGUUCUUGGUGUGGCACUCAUUAUAGGUUGCAGGGAACAUCCACACUGCGAGGUUCCUUAUGAUGUUGUAUCUGGUCAAAGUGGCAUCAUUGAGUUCACAGCAGAUGCCUGCCCUCAGCUUCGUGCUCCACUUAAGGGAAAUUAUGGCCUAUACUACAAGCUCAAUGGCUACUACCAAAAUCACAAGGAUUACAGGCGCAGUGUUGAUUAUAACCAAUUAUAUGGUCUAGUUGUCACUCGUGAGGCCGAUCUCUCAAGCUGUGGUUCGUACCUAACAGAUUACCAUGGCAAGAUAUAUCACCCUUGUGGUGCGGUUACUCGUACUGUAUUUACAGACCGUUUCACAUUAUAUCGUGAUGCUGACCUCAAAGAGGAGAUUCAGUUGGACGAAAGUCGUGAGGCAAUUUGCAACCGUUCCGGUGUACAUUGGUUAUUCAAGAACCCAAAGCCACAACAUCAAUUGCAAAGCCACAACAAGGUCAACUUCUGGUUAAAAAACCCGGUGUAUCGACGAGCACUCAAUAUGGACAAAACUGGUGUUGGUGAAGGUGUGGAAAACUCACACUUCAUCAACUGGGUGGAACCUGCAUCUACUUCUACAUUCAAGAAGUUGUACGGUAUAUUCGAUGGUGGCGAAGGCCAUUUCCCGCUAUAUGUUAACAUCGAAGUGACACACCCUAUUGAAUCAGUAGUGCGCAAGAGUGUUGUUAUUGAGAAGGCAUCGACCCUGACUAGUGUUGGUUAUACUAUGGGUGUUUGCUACGUUAUGCUAUCACUGGUUAUCCUCCUUAUGGCUACUAUGGGUGCUAUACAUACAUUCAUUAAGUAUAUCUACAAACCGCUCCCCAUGCCGUCUGUCACAAUCAAAAUGUGCGCUUAUAUAGCGCCGGUAGCAGACGAUCCUGUGACCAAGUUGCAGAAUCUCUUACAGAAUACGCUAUACAGCUUCGCGGACAUAACGAUUACUCUGGCACCAGAAAAGGCUCGCCAAUUCAGGGAAGAAUGUGCAAAGAUAGGCGUCAAUAUUCAAGAAAGCGCGGGAGGUAACGAUCCUGCUGGAGCAGAGACUGUAGAACCCAACCCAAGUGACCAAAGUAAACCUGCAGUACCCGGAUCUUUGGAAGAUCGAGUAACACGUUUAGGUAUGCUAAAUGAUCAUAUACAGGCCACCGUUGAUGACCUGCCUGAUCUCAGAGUCACCAAGGAACAGAUCGUAAAAGAGAUAGAACUACUACACGAAGAAUGUGAGCGUGCUGCAACUGAGUUGCGUACAUUGUAUGGCGAAUUCGACGCAGCAUUCCAAAUACUGCGGACCCAACGUAACAAAGAUAUAACAUAA